AUGAUGUCGGAACUAGAAGACUAUAAUAUUUCAGAUGACAAACUACUACACUUGUUAAAAGAUCCAGAUAGUUUGCCAAAAUGGAUGGAUGCCAUUAAAUCCAUAGAAGAAUCAAACGAUGGUAUAACAAAGAAAUCUUCAACCAUUAAGAAGUCGUUGUUGAGAUCAGUUUAUUUGUCUUUAUUGAAAAGGUUUCCGAAUCUAGAAAAUUAUUGGAUACGAUUUGCCAAUUUGGAACUAAGUUUGGGUAAUACUUCAGGUGCAGAGAUUGUAUUUUUGAACGCUUUGAAGAUGUUGCCUUACUCGUUGAAAAUUUGGGUCGAAUUCUUGAGAUUAAGAAUAAAUCUAUCAAACUUUGAGUAUCUGGAAAUGAAGAACUUGUUUAAGUCUGCAGAACUCAAGAUUGGAAGUCAUUAUCAUUCGAGCGAAUUUUGGGAGUUGUAUUUGGACUUUGAAGAAAAUUAUAAUGCUGUUUCCAAGGAGAACAUGAAAUACGAGAUUUUCCUUAUUUUAAGAAAGGUAAUUGAACUACCAUUGCAUCAAUACUCAUAUUUCUAUUCUAAAUUCUCCAAUUUUUUGAGCGAAGAAAUCAAUUUUAAAAAUAUUCGCGCGUUCUUGACUCAAGCUGAUUUAGCCAAGCUUGGCCUUGCUAAUGAAGAGAAGGUGAAAGCCCUAAUGAAGGCCGAGGAUAGUGCUGCUCAAUUGAAAGAACUUAAAGUUAAAGUGAAGAAGAUAUUCACCGAUCUCUACAUUUCAAACGCAUACGAGGUUUUCAAAAUUUAUCAAUAUGAAUCAAAGUUGAAGCGUCAAUACUUUCAUACCACAGCGUUACCAAAGCAAGAACUAGACGCAUGGGACUCAUAUUUGAAUUAUUUAGAAAUAAAACUAUUAGCACCAGAUGCGGCUUUUUUUUCCUCUUCAUCAAAUUCUAAAAAAAUUAACAAAACCGUGAUUCAAAAUAACUUAAUACAGAGAAUCAUAUUGACCCACGAAAGGUGUCUAAUAUCCACUGCAUUAUAUGAUAGAUUUUGGGUGAGAUAUUUUUGGUUUUUGAUCAACAUUGACCAUUUUGCCGACGCCAAAAACAUUCUCAUGAGGGCCUCAAAUUACAUCCCGGUAUCGGUUUUAUCCACAAAGCUUUUGCUCAUAGACGCGGAAAAUUAUGAUGGGAAUUAUUUGACUUCAAGAGAUAUGAUCAUGAAGUUCCUAGCAAAGUUUUCAAAAUCCCCAUCGGUCUGGAAGCCAUUUUUGGACAGUGAAAAUUUAUUACUAAACUCCCUGAACACCUCCCGCACCGGCUCCGGCUCCACCGGGAAUGAAUCACAACAAAAAGAUUACGUUUUAAAAUUAAUGGAUCAAAGUUUACAAAGCUUAUUAGACUAUAAGCUGGCCACUGGAAUCAACAACCCCCUUAAUUUUGAUGUGUUCUUCCAAUACGUGCUAUCAUAUGACAAUAUUUCUGUAUCUGAGAAAUUAGCCUUUUUCAAAGAUUACGAAUCGUCAAUCUUCAAAAACUCUGCGACUUACUGGACCUCUUUGCUCAAGUUUUUAGUAUUCAAUAAAGACAACUUGUUUGUUGAUACUACUACUACUACUACUACUACUACUACUACUACUACUACUACUACUACUACUGAGAAUGAAACAGAAUCCUCUUUGAAAUCAAUAACUUCGCAAAAAACAGAAACUCCAAUAUCCUACUCAGAAAUCAAGGUUUUGUUCGAUCAAUCAUACCAGAUUUUGACUAAUGAAAAUCCUUCUAACAAUGCUAAUCAAAGGUAUAAUAAUAAGUUAAAAUUAUUCCAUCUUUUUGAAAAUAUUAUUGUCAACAUCCAAGAAAACAGAAUUAAGGCUCCUGAGGCAAAGAAAAUAAAUGGCUCAAUUGAUGAAUUAUUUGAAAUGCAUGUGAACAGUAUGCUCACAGAUGAUAUCAAUUCAGCAUUCUGGUGA